CUCACACUGCGCGGCAAAAGAAUGACGGCCCGAAUAUACUCUGUGUCGUAUUGAGAAUAAUAAUGUCAAAAACUUGUGCAUAAUCUGUGUUCGGUUCGUGGUGUGAUGCUUUUGUGGCUGAGGUACCUGAAACAGCUGGAGCUGGCGUGCUCGCAACUGCCGGCAGGGGGCGCUGACGUCGUCAAAACAAUGUGUGAAGACGAGGAAUGGGGAAACGAGAGCGAGGCGAUGCCCGGAGAACCACGCACGCCGAGCUCGGGAGAACGGGCGGCAUCAAGUGGGGGAGCAUCGCCGGCCUCGGGGGGAUCGCCCGAGGCGUCACCGCCGCGGUUGCGGCUCAACACCAGUUUAGCUACGGAUCCAGCGCUAGCGCCUACAGCUACGCCUCUCAAACAUGAACCUCCUUCGCCGUCGCCUCCACCUCCACCUGUGCCGCAAACGAGAGACUUUCUGGCAUUAUCGGCUACAUUUCCAGCAUUGUUCCCGGCAGCCACAGCACCUGGAUAUAUUUGUAAACCUUGUGGCAUCCGAUACUCUUCACUGAGUACGCUACAAGCACACCAAGAACACUACUGUUCAAAUAGGAGGCCUAAAACCGCUGACGGAUCUGAUGCACCUGCAGAUCCUGCAGCAGACGAAUCGAGUAGUGAUGCUAAAACACCGCGUCCAUCCGGAAAACAAUAUGCGUGUACUUAUUGCUCAUACAGUGCGGAUAAAAAAGUGAGUUUAAAUCGGCAUAUGCGAAUGCAUGCGUCGUCACCUGUCAGCAGUGGAACUCCCGCUCCUACACCUACAUCUAAUGGUGAAGUAAUCGAAGGCCCACCGCCACAAGAUCGUUACUGUGCCGACUGUGAUAUACGUUUCAGUUCAAUAAAAACAUACAGAGCUCAUAAAGCUCACUACUGUAGUACUAGACAAGUUGUGAAACAAGCGCUAGCAGCGGUGAGAGCCGGAUCGGUUACGUCAGAAUCUGCACCACCUUCACCGGGCGCAACGCCUCCGGCUCAAGCUCAAUAUGCAUUGGCCUUGCCAACUAACCCCAUUCUUAUAGUUCCUUACUCACUAUUACGAAACGCAAGUACAUUACCAGGAACCACUCUACCCGAUCCUGAUACACCGUGUUUUUUGUUACCGAAUGGAACAUUCCAGCCCUUAAGCCGGGCUUUACCAAAUAUGAACUCAGAUGGUAAGGAUACAGAGGUUCUGAAAUCAGCGAAUAGGCCUCGAGAACCAUCCAGAGACGCAGCCACCCCACUUGAUUUGAGUGUACGCCGUUCACCAGAGUCUGUGACUACGGACGAUCAUGAAAAAGAAAACAGAAUACGGUCAGCGACUCCUGAGCAAAUAGUAUGUGCGCCUUCUUUACCUGGGUCACCGGGUACGCCGUCACCAUCGCACAGAUCUUCAUCUCCUAGUGGAACUCCGCCGCCUAAAAGACGACGGCAAAAUUCUAGAGGUCCCACCCCUAAGCCUCCCAGCAUACCUUCACCACCCGAAGAAAAAUUUAAUCCAGUAGUACCACCGUCUAUGAUAACACCCGCAUUAGCGUUACGUCUCGCGAGUGAAAUGCCAGUCGCCGCGUCACCUCAGGUUUUAGUCAAACAAGGAGUCUCCAAAUGCAAAGAAUGCAACAUCGUAUUCUGCAAGUUUGAAAAUUAUCGUAUCCAUAAAAGGCAUUACUGUUCAUCCGGUGGAGGAGAAGAAAGAGCUAGUCCAGCACCGCCUGAACCUGGGCCUCCACCGCAGUAUCGUCAACUGAUCUGCUUAGCGUGUGGUAUUCACUUUAGCUCACUAGACAACUUAACCACUCACCAAUCAUUUUAUUGCACGAAGAGGGAGACCAGAUCACCUCGUACGCUGCCUGAAGUAGCGCGACCUUCUCCGGGUUCAGAGGGUGGGUGGAAAUGUCCAUGCUGCGACGUGGUGUCUCCAACGGCGGCGGCAGCACAGCGCCAUAUGGAGGCGCAUGCUGGUGUCAAGGCAUUUCGCUGCACUAUCUGUCGAUAUCGCGGCAACACCCUGAGAGGAAUGCGCACGCAUAUCAGGAUGCACUUUAACAACAAGAAACCUGCUGAUCUGCAGGUGAGACAUUUUAAUAUAUUUUCUUAUUUUGUUUUGAAUUCACAUUAACAUUUUUGUUAGAGAAACAAUUAAUUUUUUAUCACAUUUGAUGUCACAGGUACGUACAGCUUAUAAAUACUCAACAACGUCGCAAACUACCAAGUUAUAUAAAUCAGAAAUAACGGAUGUAUCACAAUUUAUCCAAACAUGUCCCCAACCGCUAGACGUUCAUUUUCUUUUGUCUCUGUUUUAUCACAUUUCAUUGGAAUGUUAUACAAAAGCUGUAUAAUGCAAUUAAUAUUAAUUUCCAUAAUAUUUUUAAGAAACGCAACACCAAAAAAUUAAAAGAAAAAGUUAAACUCGUGUUUGUCUGCUUCUUUGUAGGCACAACACGCAAUAACUAUAGAAUGGAUAAAAUAAUCAUUAGUAAAUAGACGAAAUAUCAAAAAGAGGGAUCUUCUCUGGAUCUAAAAAACAGGUAUCUACCUACAAUCAAAUACGCAAACAGACUGCUGUUGAACUUUUAAACAAACUGACAUUUAUUAUUUACAGGAGGAGAGCUACAUAGCGUGCGUGCUCGAAGAAGAUAACCGCGAGGUGACGUCGCCUAGUCCAGCAGUGGCCGGCGAGAAAGUCCAUCGCUGCGGCAGUUGUGCUUACACCUCCACUUACAGAGGAAACGUGGCCAGGCACGCUCGUCUGGUCCACGCAACUGACGACCCAGAACCAGAGGAACAAACCUCACCGAUCCCUGCUGUGGACAUAAAAAAGGAGCCUGAAGUAGAAGUAGAGGAAACACCUAACUACUGCAAGUCCUGCGAUAUUUCCUUCAAAUAUGUGAACACUUACAAGGCCCACAAACAGUUCUACUGCACGGCGAAUAACCAGGACUCUGCAGCCAAUAACAAUGUGCCCGCACCACCCGCUGUCAGGGUGACUGAUACUCCUGUGCUGUGAGCUAUGUGCUCCUAGAUAUAGUUCCAUAUUUCCCGAUAAGUUUCAUACAUAGUUCAAUAUGGCUAUUAAAAUCUGUAUUUCGAUAUAUCAAAAACUACUUUUGGCAUAAAAUGCACGCUAACAUAUUUCUCGCAUAAAUUAUGAUUCAUUAUCGAUUUCGGAAAUUAUAUUCCCAUAAUGGUACGAAAUAAUUCCCUCAAGAAAUAACGACAUAACCAUUGAAUAGGCUUUCUCAUUAAGAUCUCUCCAGGACCCAAUUAAGUUCACAGGUUCUAUUACUGGUAAGACAACCUGAGCGAUGUGCAUCUAUUAUCUCAUUGUCUCAUGAAAAUGACGCUGGUACUUUAGCUUCCGAUCGCUUCAACGAUUCCCUUUUUAAUUGUAAUAUCAAUUAGGAUAGUCAAAAAAUAAUCCUUACCCUCUGGAUUGAAAUAAUUCAAAUUGUGUGCAAUAUUGACUGGUUAAUUAUGGUGUAAUUGGAUACUUGUACGCAUAUCAAAGCCAAAAUUUCAGUGUGAUUGAGUGUGUGAAUAAAAAUUGUAUAGACAUUGGCGAGUACAGGCGCGCUCACAAUUAUAAUUAAAAUCAUUUUCGUUACUAAUAAUUAACUUGUUAUGUAAAUUUUAUGUAGUUAGAAAAGUUAACCUUCUUCGUAUUUGUAUAAGUAUACGUUAAAAAUUACCAAAUUGUAAAUAUUUGUAAAGAUAUUAUUACAUUGUAACUAAAUUUUAUUACCAUUUGUUCUAAGUGAUUGUUCUUUCUUUGUUGUUAAUUUUUGUUUUAUAUUAAUUAUUGAUGGUAGAUAAAUGAUUGUAUAUAAUUCCCAUAUAUAAAAGCGUUUAAUGCUCAUUCCAGAAGCUGUCAUGAUGACCUACCAGUGGUUCUCGAUAAUAAUAUAGCUAUUGUAUAUGUAAUCGUGUCUCCGUAUUUGUUCUAAGCUAAAAGCUUAAGUUUAGCAAUAACAUUAAUGAUAUUCCGCGGUAAUUAUACAAUGUUAUUUAAACUAUAAUUCUUAUUACACAUCGUUAUACAAUUAACAACUAACUAUAAAUUAAAAAUGUGAUACUACUACUACCGGAGUCAUUAUAGCUUCUAUUUUUCUGCUUCAAUGUAUAAAUUAUAUUAUCCACAACCUAACCAUUUGUUAAAUUACAACUGAGACUAAUUACUUUAGUUUGUAAUUAUAAAUUAUAAAGAAUGGAAAUCAACAUGUAAUCAAAACAUUUUAGAAUGAAUAUGGGAUAGAACUGUUGCACACCACCGUUCAAACUCAUUUUCCUACAAUAUAAAAAAAAAUUUGAUAGCUUCACCAAUAGAUUUUAAGAAACAAUUUUCGGUCUAAAAUAUGGUAAAAUAUUAUUUUUGUUUGGUUUGAUUUGAGUAUUAUGUAAAUAAAAAACAACAGUAAACGAAACCUAAUUUGAUCUUAAAUUAAAAGAUUUAAAAUAUAACUAAAAAUGUGGAAAGGAAUUUCAGAUGUCAAGAAUACGAUGUGCGUAAGUUUAUUAUAUGUGCAACAGGUUCGAACUCAAUCUUAUUAAAUAUUAAUAAUAAUAACAAUCAUCGCGUAACACGCAUUGCGAGUGUAAUAGUACAUUAGAAAAAAUAUCCAGAUAAAGUCAUUAAGCGAAAUACCAUGUUUUGUCUAUGCCAAAGCAUUGCUAGAGUAAUCGUAAUUUGCAUUUAUAAGUAUCUCACUAAUUAUAGUUGAUAGAUUUAAGUGAAUAGAAGACUUGUUUCAUAGAAUUACCUAAAUGUAAAGAAUUUUGCUGUAUUAAUUUUGUUUUGUCCUGUAAACUUUGAAAUGAGUCUCGAAAUCGUUGCAGUCGUGACAUUUUUGUGCUAAAGUUUACGAUUCUUCUACUUAUUUCGAUUUGGUUUCGCGUUAUUAUUUUUGAUAAAUUUUGCUUUCCAAUUCUAAAGAUUUCAAUUUUUUUUUAAAAUUCGACUAGAUGGAUUCGAUUUCCAUCUCUGGCACCAGCACCUCUACCAUAUAAUUAAAGCCCUGGUUGAUCUUUUAAAAUGAAACCCUGAACAUUUUUGAUUAGACCGCUGACAGUUUAUCUGUCAGCCUGUCAAAUUAUUAAGAACUUCAUUUUCACAUCAAUCGACGUUUCAAUCGCGCAAAGGAUCCGCUGAUUCAUUCAAAUAUUUUAAGUAUUAUUCUAUAAGAGAAAUAAUUUCGCGAUGUGAUGUAGUCCUUUCGAUGUAUUCAAAAGAAAUAAAUAAAACUAAAUACUUUUGUCAACGACUGCACCUAUAAGACGUAUUCAUCAUGACAUUUAUGUAUUUAUAAAAAUGCAAGAAUUCUUAUUUCUGAACACCAUGAAUUAAUUAUGGUAAUAUUGUUCUACAAAAUGUUUCACAUUUCUAAAUAUUAGAAAUAUCUACACGACAAAAUCUUCCAAAGGCAUACCUUUAUAUUCAAUAACUGAAAUUAAAAUAUAUUAAUAGUAAGUACCUAGUUACAAUCUGCGUGACAUAAUACUUUAAUGCAUACCGUCAAUAAAAACGAGCCUUUAUACUAAUUAACCGAUUUAAAAGUCGAAUCGACAUGUAUAUUAUUUCUAUUACAGUCUUUGUUAAAUUUGUAACAUACGGUUUAUUAACUGUCUAUG